AUGAUGAUGACUGUUUUGAUAACUGAGGAUACCGGCAGGUCAAUCGAUGUUUACUUACUGCCGUUGGUUGAUAAGCUCCAGGAUUUAUGGACAAACGGUGUGCGUACGUAUGAUAAAUCCACUAGGAAGAUGUUCAAUUUACGGGCAGCAGUUAUGUGGACUAUGAAUGAAUUUCCGACGUAUGCAAUGGUUUCUGGGUGGAGCACGAAGGGUUAUAUGGCAUGCCCUAUAUGCAAGGAAGAUGUGACUUCUAGUUGGCACGCUGGAAAAUUUUGUUACCUUGGUCAUCGGAGAUGGUUGCCAUGGGACCACGAGUGGCGGGAAAAGGAUAAAGAGUUCGACAGGAAGAAAGAGCAUGGCCUUAGACCUAGAGAGUGGUCCAGGGAUGAGAUCUUAGAACAGCUUAACCAUUUGGAUUUUGCUCCGUUCGGGAAAACAGUUAGUCGGACCAGACCUGCUACACAUAUGAAUUAG